CAUUGGUGAUUACUGUAAGUGUUGUGCGACAGGGUUUUUCCAUGUUGCUAACCGAUGCAACAUAGGUUCUUCGGGAUAGGCGAUGUUUAAUUGAUACCUAACUCUUAACGAUUUCUUUGUUGUACUAUUCAACUUCCAUUUCCUUGAUUGAUGAGUGUUUGAGGUCCUGAAUGUGUUUUUUCUUUUUAUGUUUGUGCAGGUUUUCCAAUAUUGAAAUUCAGGGAGUUUAGUUAUGCUUUAUUUAUGUACAUUGAUAUGACUGUUAUGUUUCUGAAUUUUGCUAUAAAGGAUUUUAUAACUGUUGGAAGUUUAAAAACCCUGCUUUGCAGGCGUUUGUGCUCAGUAGACAACAACACUGUUGGUUUAAUUCAUCAGAACAUAACCUGAAGCUCCUUAACUAUGAGAGAAAGGAUAUGAGUAGGUACAAUUACCCAGCGUCCACUGAGGUUGUUGAUGUGGUUGGCCAACUUUGUGCAAACCCAUUAGCUAUUCAUGGUAUCAAACUCUUUACAAUGUAGAGUUUCUGAAAAAGUUCAUGGAAUCUGGGUGUUACUCUCCCACCUAAACCACAGUACUGCUGACAGAAAGGUAGAGUCGGAGAUGUAGGCAUAUGAUGGUGUAGGAGCCUAGAUUUGCUGGGAUCGUGGAAGAUUCUGUUCCAAAGAAGUUAGCAAAGUAUCAAAUGUUGACUCGACCGCUACGGCUCCGGCACCCGACCACUACCCACCACGGGGUUCAGGCUUGACGUGGGACAGUCUGUUAAGAUUCCCUCGGUUCUAGGCUGGUCAGGUCGGAUAUGGGCUAGAACCGGCUGCAACUUUGAUGCUAACGGUGCGGGAAAAUGUGUGACCGGAGACUGUGGUGGGAAGCUGGAGUGUGCUGGUAAUGGUGCUGCUCCUCCCACAUCACUUUUCGAGAUUACGCUCGGUCACGGUUCUGGCGACAAAGAUUUCUACGAUGUCAGUCUCGUUGAUGGGUAUAACCUCCCCAUAGUUGCUAUCCCAACAGGCGGUGGACUGGUUGGAGCUUGUAACGCUACGGGAUGUGUUGCUGAUAUCAACAUUAGCUGUCCGAAGGAGCUUCAAGUGAUGGGAGAGGAAGAGGAAGAAAGAGGAGGAGGAGGAGGAGUUGUCGCUUGCAAGAGCGCUUGUGAGGCCUUUGGAUUAGACCAGUACUGUUGCAGCGGUCAGUUUGCUAACCCGAACACAUGCCGGCCGUCUUCAUACUCUACCGUUUUCAAGAGAGCUUGUCCUAGAGCUUAUAGCUAUGCCUUUGAUGAUGGAAGCAGUACUUUUACUUGCAAGGCUUCUGAAUAUGCCAUUAUCUUCUGCCCUGGCAGGGUAAAAAGACCAAGCAGCCAAAACUCGGAUCCCCCUAGCCAGACCCAGAAUCCAUUCGGGCAACCUAUGGCUCCACCAACUCAGAAUCCGUACGGUCAACCUAUGGCUCCACCAACUCAGAAUCAGAACCCGCCUGGACCAAACCAGAAUCAGAUGACUCCUCCACCUCAGAAUCAGAAUGGGAAUGGGCAAUUUAUGAUGCCUCCUCCCACUGUAAACCAAGCUCCAAACGACCAGUUAAUGAAUCCGCCAAUGGAGGAUGAGAGUCAAAGAGCUGAAACUGGGAGGGUUGCCAAGAGUCGAUCCUCGUCUGACAUUCUUCGACCUUACCCUGUCUUGUUGUUUCUUGGCCUCAGUCUAACUGCUUUGAGACAAUCGUGCACGACAUGAAUCAUCACUGUUCUUCCUUUUUAAAGAGAAUUAGUACGUAAGCAACUUCAUUGUCUUCCCAGAGAUUCUGAACUUUAUUGAUCAAAGUCCUUUUUAUUA